CCAAAAAAAAAUUGACAGUCUAGCUAAGGAAUGCGGCAAGAGUAACUUUGGCGGUCAACUCAACCUUUGUGGUACCGCUGCAUGAUUCAGACUGAGAGGAGAGUGUGUGUGUGUUGGGCAUGGCGCUGAGAUUAUCCCUUCUCAGCGCCACAGUGAGCUCGGUGUAUCGCCCUGACGGUAGAAAUUACAGUUUGAUUACUUGCUCCAGUUUAGCCCAUAAUUGUAAGAUUAUUAACCCGCUACUAAGGCCCCUAGCUGUUGCCAUUGAUCUCAUUGGAAAUUCAGCCUCGGCCGUCGGAUCCCCCGACCUGGCGAUUAGAAGAUUCCCAGGGCGUAACUUAAGGCAAUUUUCCCCAUCUUUAGCAUCACCUUUUUUCGCUCCUUCUCCACGUGUGAGUAACGCCAAGUCGGGUGCAGUAAAUAGCUCUUGGUGGUGAUAAGCAAGCCGUGUAGCGCCGAGAAUAAUUCUCUUCUCCAACGCCCUUUCUCAACUCUCUCACUCUUACCACUCUCCUUCCCUCCUUCCC